UUUUACGAUAGACUCGGAGGUCACAUGAUAUGUUCUUUUUCACAUGACUGCGGAUGCGAUCGGAAGCAAACAUGAAUUCCAUCUGGAUUGUCUGUUGUAUUCUCAUUUCACAAAGUUUAGCUUACAAAACAUACUACCUUGAUGAAAAUUGUGACAGAACUCUAGAUGUAGACACUUAUUUCCGACUUCAGGCAUCCAGAAAGUCCAAUCUGCAGUCAAACAUGAACUGUACUGUGGCCCUUUUCGCCAGAUCAGGAAAACUUGGGGGUUCUGCGAGGAUCCACGCUCGUUUCCUCAGCAUCAACAUGCCUUUCUCAUCGGCAGUAUCAGGGUGUGACAGAGUAAAGCUAGAGCUUCACGAUGGAAUAAGAAAUGCAACUCUACUGACACCUCCCAACGGACUUUGUGGGGACUCCUUUUACAACACAUACAGCUACGUCACUGUCAAGGAUAGCUAUAUGACCUUCACUUUGACAACAAACCCUUCACCUCAGACUGGGUCAUUUGAUGCAAUCAUCACAAACUUUCAUGAAGUUGAAGGAGAGGAGAAAUGUCUAGAUAAUUGGUGGAAAUGUGGAAAUGGUCGUUGUGUGGAUCCGUCAACCAAAUGCAACUCGUUUGAUAACUGUGGAGACAACACCGACGAGACAUACGAGAAAUGUAAACCAACGAUGUAUUUUUAUGAAAAUUGUGGACAAGAGAUCCAUGUCUAUGAUGCUGUCCAUUUGAAACUGAAACGAAGUGGCAGCAUGUUGAUACCUAACACUGUGUGUGAUAAUAUCGUGGUGGCCCACGGGAAAUCUCAGGGUAUUGGUGAGCCUGCGCAAGUUUAUGCCCAUUUCCGUUCCAUCAGCCUUUCACAGCCCGUGUCUGGAAAUUGCACCUCGGCUAGAAUUGACGUAUACGAUGGAUUACGAAAUAAAAAGAGAAUAUCGGGAAGUGAAGGAUUAUGUGGAACUUCCUUAACAAAUGCCGACUAUACGACCGCAAAUGAUAAUUUUAUGCCCAUAGAAUUCACCACAGAUACAACCACACAACAAGGAAAUUUUGAAAUAACUCUCACUAGUUUUCAUACAGGGGAUUGCAUAUCAGGCGAGUUCCGUUGUGGGAACGGACGGUGUGUGGACACGACAGUACAAUGUGACGGUUACCAGAACUGUGGUGACAAUAGUGACAAUGAUAGUGAUCUGUGUAAACUCGUCACCGCGCUGGCCACGGGGGCCAUAGUUGCCAUCGUGUUGUCCGCGAUCUUCCUUGUUAUAUGUGUGCCAAUCUGUAUAAUUGUUUGUUUAGGGAGACGUCGAAGGGGAAAUUAUUCUGGAAUUUAAACUUUUGUAUUAUAAUUUUUUUAAAAUUGAACAAUACAGCAUCUCCAUCAUAAUUUCAAGACAAUGUUCAUUAUAUGGUGAAAUGAGUGUCUGUGAUUAAAUGAAUUAUAUAAUGUACAUGUGGCAACAAAUAU